AUGGCAGCCUUGUGGAUGGCUCGGUGCGGUGUGAAAGCACGCAUCAUCGAUGCCCGCGCCACAAAGGUUUUCAGAGGCCAUGCUGAUGGAAUGCAGACUGGAACGCUGGAUAUCUUUGACUCGUUUGGCAUUGUAGAUGACCUCUACAAGAAUGCUGCUCCUGCAAUGGAGAUGACAUUCUGGGCCGGUGGCAAGGACAUCCCCAUGAAACGCGUCGCUCGCUUUCCAAAAUGGUAUCCUGAACUCGGCCAGUACCAUCUAAUUCACACUAGCCAAGGCAACACAGAGCGUGCUUUGCUGGAUGGCAUGAAAGCCUUUAACGGACUCGAAGUUGAACGGGGAGUCGUGGCGGCAGCUAUUGACAUUGACGAGUCGCUAAUACAUAAUCCUCAAGCUCACGCGGUCAAAUUGACGGUUCAACAUCUCACGGACGAAGAAUUGGCUGCGUCUUCGAAAAAAGAUACUGUGCCACAGCCCGGGGAUUUCAACUAUAACCCGGCAGACGAGCCGUAUUUGAAGCGCAAAGUUACCGGGAAAGAAGGGAGCACUGAAGUUAUCAGGGCAAAGUUUGUGAUCGGGACCGAUGGAAGCCGAAGCUGGACUCGCAAAGCUUUGGGUUUCGACUUUCUCGGAGAUGAUGGGGAUGAGAGUAUUGGGGGGAUUUUAGACUGCGUUGCGACUUCAAACUUUCCGGAUAUCCUUAUUCAAUCGGUUAUUGUCAAGGACGGGCGUGGAGCGGGGUUCGUACCAAGGGAGAAUGGGUUGUUACGCAUUGCAGCCCCCGUGGCUAAUAGGUCAGAAGCGACUCCAGAAGCCAUCAUCAAGUCAUUGAAGGAGAUUCUUUCUCCGUAUGAGCUCAAUGUCACUCACGUUGAUUGGUGCGGAGUAUUUGGUACCCGCCGUCGAGUCUCAAGCUCUGCUUCGAAGCACUCCCGUGUUUUUCUCGCUGGCGACGCACUGCACGUCCAUUCACCUAGAGCGGGGAUUGGUAUGAACUUCAGUAUACAAGAUGCAUAUAACCUCGGGUGGAAAAUUGCACAUGUUGUAAAGGGAAUUUCUCCACUUGCUCUUCUAAAGACAUAUGACGAAGAGCGCGGAUUGACGACCAAACAGCUUAUCGCUUUCGAUAAAGCUCUGUCGGAGGAGUCGCCCUUGGGAGCAAACUUUUCGGUUAAUGGGACCCGUCAAGGACUCCAGGACAAUCUACCAUUUUCAACCACUACGGCAAUCGAAUACGAGGCUGGAUUGCUUGUCGCUAAGGAAGGUGGCUCGGUUGUUUCCAAACAACAUUUGGCGCCUGGCAUUCUUGUGGGCAGGCGCCUACCCUCACAGACCGUGGAAAAACACGCGAACGGAGAACCGGUUGACUUUGGAAAAUGUUUUCCUAGUGAUGGUCGGUACCGGAUUGUUGUCUUCGCAGGCAAUAUAUCGCAACCAGAGCAGCUACGCCGUGUGGAACAUCUUAGCCAGGUGCUAGAGCUCCCUGAAGCUUUUCUCCAACGUCUCGACGGGCGUGCUGUCAUGCCUCGAGAUGUAUUUGAAAUCUUCAUCUUGCACAGCGCGAGCAGGGAUGAUGUCGAGGUCGCUGACUUACCUCCGUUCCUCUUCAAGAAUGGUGAUCCCUUUAGUCAAGUGUUUGUCGAUAACAAUCAAUCAAGGACCUGGGCUCUAAGCGAAGCAUAUAGCAACUAUGGGAUAAGUCAAAACAGAGGAUGCCUGGUACUAGUCCGGCCUGAUAGGCAUGUUAUGUAUAUUGGCGAGUUGGAAGAUGUUACGGAGAUGAUCAAACUUAUGUCCUCGGUUUUAGUUUAA